AUGGAACCCGGGAAUGAGACACCAAUUUCAGAAUUUAUUCUCUUGGGAUUAUCAAAUGAACCAGAACUGCAGCCCCUCAUAUUUGGACUUUUCCUCUCCAUGUACCUGAUCACUAUGUUUGGAAACCUGCUCAUCAUCCUGGCUGUCAGCUCAGACUCCCACCUCCACACCCCCAUGUACUUCUUCCUCUCCAACCUGUCCUUCGUAGACAUCUGCUUUAUCUCCACCACCAUCCCAAAGAUGUUGAAGAAUAUAAGGACACAGAACAAAGUAAUAACCUAUGAAGGCUGCAUCAUCCAGAUGCAUUUUUUCAUACUUUUUGCAACAUUGGACGUGUUCCUCUUGACCGUGAUGGCCUAUGACCGCUUCGUGGCCAUCUGCCACCCACUCCACUACACAGUCAUCAUGAAACCCCAGGUCUGUGGACUGCUGGUUCUGCUCUCCUGGAUCAUGAGUGCUCUGAACUCCUUGAUACAAAGCAUAAUGGUGUUGUGGCUACCCUUCUGUACAGACUUGGAAAUCCCCCACUUUUUCUGUGAAGUUAAUCAAGUGGUUCAACUUGCUUGUUCUGACACUUUUCUUAAUGACAUGCUGAUGUAUUUUGCAACUGGGGUGUAUGGUGGCAUUACCCUCGCUGGAAUUCUUUACUCAUAUUCUAAGAUAGUUUUCUCUAUACUAGGAAUUUCAUCAGCUCAGGGGAAGUAUAAAGCAUUUUCCACCUGUGCCUCUCACCUCUCAGCUGUCUCCUUAUUCUAUUGUACAGUCCUGGGAGUGUAUCUCAGCUCUGCUGCUACUCACAGCUCACAAUCAAGUGCUGUUGCCUCGGUGAUGUACACUGUGGUCACACCCAUGCUGAACCCCUUCAUCUACAGUCUGAGGAAUAAAGACAUAAAGAGGGCUCUGAAAAGGAUCAUUGGGAUGGCAGCUAUAUAA